AACAUGGAGAGUUUGUACCGAGUCCCGUUCUUAGUGCUCAAAUGUCCCAACCUGAAGCUGAAGAAGCCGCCCUGGGUGCAUAUGCCGUCGGCCAUGACGGUGUACGCUCUGGUGGUGGUGUCUUACUUCCUCAUCACCGGAGGAAUCAUUUAUGAUGUUAUCAUCGAACCUCCAAGUGUCGGCUCCAUGACUGAUGAACAUGGGCAUCAGAGACCAGUAGCUUUCUUGGCCUACAGAGUAAAUGGACAAUAUAUUAUGGAAGGACUCGCAUCCAGCUUCCUGUUUACAAUGGGAGGUUUAGGUUUCAUAAUCCUGGAGCGAUCCAAUGCACCAAACAUUCCCAAGCUCAAUAGAUUUCUCCUUUUAUUCAUUGGAUUCGUCUGUGUCCUAUUGAGUUUUUUCAUGGCUAGAGUAUUCAUGAGAAUGAAACUGCCGGGCUAUCUGAUGGGUUAGAGUGCCUUUUGAGAAGAAAUCGGUGGAUACUGAAUUUGCUCCUGUUAAUGAAGUUUUAAAGGCUGUACCAGUCCUCUGAUAUGAAAUAUGGAAAAGGAUGAAAAGCAGCGGAAAAGAAACAUCUAGCGAAAACAUAGGAAAUGUAUUAUAGCUUGGACUAGAGUGUCUUCUUGGUAUCAGAGACAAGCUUAUCAGUAUUUUUUCC